AGUGGUGAGGCCCUGGCACAGGAUGCCCAGAGAAGCUGGGGCUGCCCCUUCUGUGGAAGCGCCCAAGGCCAGGUUGGAGGGGGCUUGGAGCAACCUGGGAUAGGGGAGGGUGUUCCUGCCCCAUGGACAAAAUGAGCUUUAAGGUGCCCUCCAACCCAAGCCAUUCCAGGAUUCCAUGAUCAUAGAACCGAAAGUAAAUCUUGUUUCUUUAAAGCCUUCAUCAGAUGGCUCAGUGCCCCCUCAUCAUUGCCUCUGGGAAACGGAGUUGCCUGUUUCCCUGGAGCUCUGAUCCUUUAUCCAGCUGAACGAGGAGCACGCAGGGACUCGGGACACCCUCACCACGAGGGAAUGGAUAUCAUUCCUAACCCUGUGUGAUACAGGUUGCUCUUUAUUUUGGCACGGCGCAGAGCCAGACACUGACAGGUUAUUUCUUUCUUCCAAGCGUGUUUCCACACGUCCCUCUUCAUUAAAGCAUCCUAAGAAGCAGCAGAGCUACGAAGGCAAUCGUUCCCCGUUUCUGUUGCUAACAUUUUGCUGCUGCUGCAGCCUCAAACCCGUGCUCCCAGAGUGGGGCUCGUUAAGUUUGGUGCUGCACAAAGACACAAUCAACUGCAGCUCCUGUUCCAGAGCCUCGGAAAGGCUCAAAGUCAGGGGAAUCAUUCUUCCAGCCUCGAUUCUGACUGUUGAAAAAGAACAGCAGCUAAAAUCCCUGCAAAAAAAAUCUGUUUAUCUGGUAAAUACGUGGGUGGAUAUUGGCAAUUUUACCAGUGAUCAUCUUCAGGUUAAUUAUCCUCGUACAUAUUGAGCAGGUAGAGUUCAGCCCCGAGAAAAUGGCAUCUUUCUUAGGCACAGCUUUGAGAGAUGCUGGAAAAUGUAUUCCAAAAGGUGGUUAACACCAUUGCAGGAGAUUCUGCUGUGAAACUUUCCCCUGUCUAGCUGCAGAGACAUCUUGACACAUGCAACUCCGUGUGAGAAUAAAUACGUGCAAAAUGAGCUCGGAGAGUUGCCGGGGAAGGAGGAGAAAUGUUCUUUGCCUGUCAGAGCUCAGUGUUCGAGUCUCCCUGGAGCACAGAGCUCGAAUCUGCAGCCCCCCGCCCGUUUGUUUGGAUCCAUUUUGGGAAUACAGGUUGCUUUUAACGGGGGGAUUUGGAGGGAGGGAGCCAGCCCUUGGUUUUUUUUCCUCUUUUCUGGUUGGUGCAGGGGGCUGUGGGUACCUCUGUGCCCCAGGAUCCUUUCAGGGCUGGAACCCAGGAACCUCACGGGGAGCAGAAGCAGCUCUCGGGCUUGAAGGAGUCAAACCCUGGGCUGGGCUAGUCCAGGAUUGAGGAGAGGUCACUCAGCGCUGCCAAUAAAUAAUAUUUUUGUUGUUGUUUAUUAGUGCUGAGUGACCUCUCAGGUUUUGGGGAAGAGCAGCGAGGCCCGGCCUCUGAUGGAAUCGCAGCAAGGUUUGCUCCAUCCCUGCAGUGAGAACAAAGCUUUUCACGCUCGGGAUCUGUGGCUGAACGCUGGGCUUGUUCAGGCAGUGUCUCUGAAGGGCUGGGCUGGGCUCUGGGUGCCGGUGUGGGGAGCAGAUCGAGCGGGCUCUGCUCCAGCUCCGGCUCCGCUCGCACCUUCCCCCGAGCGAGCGAGGGGGGAACGGGAACGGGAACGCCGCCCCGGCUCUGGGAACUGCUCUUUGUUUCCCUUCACCCCAUCUAUUUCCUUCAGCCCAGGCGGGUUUUGUUUUUUUUUUUUUUAUUAAGUAGAUUAUAUGUUUGGCUCAAUAGGAGCUUUUCUUCCCCAAGGAAAAAGAAUGCCGUUGGCAUGAAAAAUCCUUUUAUCCACUCCUGUCUCCUGCUUUGCCCCGGCUGCUCUCGAGAGCACCAAGAGAUACCAGCGGGGGGCUCUGCGUCCCUGCCCGCCUUCUGUCCCCCACCCACGGGCGAACAACAGUUGCUUUUUCCUGGCUUCUCGUAAAUUUCUGAGAGAAGAAUUUGCCUUUCUGGUUAAGCAAACCGGAGUUACUGGACCCGCAUGAGCUGCUCUGUAAUUCCCCUCUUUGCCAGGAGCUUCCCAGCGAGCCCCGGUGCAGACAGGCCUUUCCUCCCUGGCACACACAGAAAAUUGGAGAGUUCCUGCCUGCAGCCUGGAGGUUCUGGCCAACAAGACCUGGAAAGCCCCUCAAGGGUCUCUGAGGAGAGGUGGAGAGAAGGACAGUCAUUGCUGAAGGCUCCGUUCUCUUUGUUCUAGCUGCUCUCUAAGCCUGGGGAUUUUUGAGGUGCAAACCUAAGAAUUCGAGUUCAAAAAGAGCAGUUGUCUAGAGGGGGAGCGGGGCGAGGUGAAGCCGUGGGGCAUCCCCCUCCUUUAGCAGGAAAUUUUGGCUUUCUGCACAGAACAGAUAAGGAUCUCACUCUGUCUCCAAGCUGGGGCUCUGGUAUCAUACCUCGCAGGUAAACUGAUUUUUUUGUUGUUGUUGUUGUUUUUUUUUAAUCCUACAAAUGAGACUGAGCAGACACGACCUGCUUCUCUGCUUUCCCUCUCAAAGGCAUGCUCAGUUUCAGGCCAGAUAAUUCACUCCGAAGUUUACAGAACCAGUUUUAUUAGUGCAUUGAAGUGUUUUCGUUCGCUUUGUAGCUUCUGGAAGCAAAACUGCCACAGCCUAAAUCUUGGAAUUGAGACCUCAGAAAUGAGUCUAACAGGAACAAAGUUCAGUUUUGUUGAAUCUAAAUCAAACUGAAAAGAACCUACACAGUGAAAUGUGUGUGGGUUAAAUGUUUUUAAUUUGUACCUCGAGCUUUUGAUAAGUAAUAAGGGAGAUGCUUUAAAAGACCAUUUCCUUUUAAGUAGACAUGAAGGCAGGAAUGUGCCCUGGGUGCUCUUUGCCAUCUCAGAUUUUCAUAAAAUCUCCUUUAUCACCAACCUUUGCUCCCCCAAGUGUAUGUAUUUUUCCAGAGUUGUCUUUUCUGCACUCUGCUGACCAUGGGAAAACACUGAUCUUGGAGCUGUUCGAAGUGCAUGUUAGCGGAGGGGUUUUUUUCCUUUCAUUAUGACAUUUCCUCUCAAAAUCUUCAGAAUCUGUGGAUGUUCUCCACCCUUCUCAACACAGAUCAGUCUGCCCUGUUCGUUUUCUGUCCUGUGUCCCUUUUCUCUGGCCUGUGCUCAGCACCUGGUAGGAAGUUCCCUCGCUCAUGAUGCUUUUUAAAGGUGUCUCACUCAACAGCUCUUCAGCUUUUGAUCCCAGAGUUAGAGAAUCGUGAAAUAUCCUGAGUUGGAAAGGGCCCAGCAGGGUCAUGCAGUCCAAUUCCUGGUCUUGUGGAGACACCCCAAAAUCUUACCCUGUGCAUCCCUGACAGCAGUGUCCAGACACUCCUGGCAGCCUCGGGGCUGUGCCAUCCCCUGGGGAGCCCGGGCAGCGCCCAGCACCCUCUGGGGAAGAACCUUUCCCAUCCUAAACCUCUCCUGACACAGCUCCAGCCCUUCCCUUGCCUCUUGUCACUGGCUUUUCACUGCUCUGCUGAUUCCAAACUAACCAGCACCCACCCUGAGCCCUUCUGAAACAGCUCCCGACAGCAGCUGGAAAAGGAGGAGCAGCGUCCAGAGAGAACGAAGUGAAUAGUAAUGCAAUUACCCUGAUUGAUUUAGCCGGGUCUCUGGGAUAAGGGCUAAUGGGUGUCUUCCUCCUAAAGGAACCCUGAGUCAAUCAGGACCAGCUUGUUUUUCAUUAAGCUUGGGGUAACGUGGCCCCCACACACAAGUGUUGAGGGUGACUUUGUGUGACUUUACACUGAGAGGAUUCAGAUCAGCCUGGGCACGCUUAACCGUGGCACUUGUGUCUUUUAAAACCCUCCUUCACACCCUCCCUACCUGAAAGCCCAUUUCUGCAGCGGGUAAGGACAUGUUUUGGAUUCCCUCUGGGAAGGCUGGGAGAGCUGAUGAAAGCUGCUGAAAACCCAGCGCGCUGCUAAACAAGCCCCACCCUUCUUCUUGACAUUGUUGGAUUCCUCUUUGUUCCCAAGGAUGGCAAGGCCUAGGGAUUUGCUUACAAUUUUUUUCAGGCAGCUUGAGAAAAGCACAAUGACAGCUGGGAGGUGGAAAAAAUGUGGGAAUCUGCCUCAGAGUUUCUCCUUCUCUUUAUCCAAAUAAUCUUUGUGGAGAGCAGGCAAAAAGCCAGGAAUUUAUUUGACCCAAGGUGGCGUCUCGGAUCGGGAAAGCGGUUAUUAAAGAAGCGGCUGAUCUGGCUGGGUGUGCACGCUUGGCUCGUGCAGUCGGUUGGGAUUGGGUUUGGUUUGGCCUCUGCCAGCUGCUCCCCGUCUCCCUGAGCUGGGGUGGGUGUCCCUGGCAGCUCCAGGGAGCCUGGACAGUCAGCCCAGUUGGAAUCAGCUCCGUCAGCUGCAGGAGUUGUUGGGGUUGGGGUUGAGCCUGACCCAAGGCUGGGCUGGGGGAGGAUCUCGCUCAGAUCUCGCCCGGUUUGCAGGGAUGACUUGGGUCAUGGCUGGUGGUGAUUGCAACAGGGAGAAGGGCUGCCUGGACAGGCACCUCCUGGAAAGGCUCCUCUGCCUCCACAGUCUGUUUCAUGCCGAAAUCAGAUUCUUGCAGCUUUGACAUGUCUGUGCUCCGACUGCAAACAAGCCAACUCCACGUGUGAGACGGACGGCGCCUGCAUGGUCUCGGUCUUCAACCUGGAUGGUGUCAAACACCACGUUCGGACCUGCAUUCCUGAGGCAAAACUGAUUCCUGCUGGGAAACCCUUCUAUUGUCUGAGUUCCGAGGAUCUGCGUAAUACUCACUGCUGCUACUCCGAUUUUUGCAACAAAAUUGAUUUAAUGGUUCCCAGUGGACACCUGAAAGACAACGAGCCCCCGUCGAGCUGGGGUCCCGUGGAGCUGGUGGCCGUGAUCGCCGGGCCCGUCUUCCUCGUGUUUGUUGUCAUGAUCAUUGUGGUCUUUGUGUUCCAUCACCACCAGCGGGUCUAUCACAACCGCCAGAGGCUGGACAUGGAAGAUCCUUCUUGUGAAAUGUGCCUUUCCAAGGACAAGACCUUGCAAGAUCUGGUCUAUGAUCUCUCCACCUCCGGCUCUGGCUCAGGCUUGCCUCUGUUUGUCCAGCGGACCGUGGCUCGGACGAUUGUCCUGCAGGAGAUCAUUGGCAAAGGCCGCUUUGGGGAGGUGUGGCGGGGCAGGUGGCGCGGGGGCGACGUGGCUGUGAAGAUCUUCUCGUCACGCGAGGAGCGCUCCUGGUUCAGGGAGGCAGAGAUCUACCAAACCGUGAUGCUGAGGCACGAGAACAUCCUGGGGUUCAUUGCUGCAGAUAACAAAGAUAACGGGACGUGGACUCAGUUGUGGCUCGUCUCUGACUACCACGAGCACGGCUCUCUCUUUGACUACCUGAACCGCUACACGGUGACUAUCGAGGGCAUGAUCAAGCUCGCCCUGUCUGCUGCCAGCGGGCUGGCCCACCUGCACAUGGAGAUCGUGGGCACUCAGGGAAAGCCUGGGAUCGCUCACAGGGACCUGAAAUCCAAGAAUAUCCUGGUGAAGAAGAACGGCACGUGUGCCAUCGCUGACCUCGGCCUGGCCGUCCGGCACGACUCCGUCACGGACACCAUCGACAUCGCCCCGAACCAAAGGGUUGGGACCAAACGAUACAUGGCCCCAGAAGUCUUGGAUGAAACCAUCAACAUGAAGCAUUUUGAUUCGUUCAAAUGUGCUGAUAUCUACGCCUUGGGCUUGGUCUACUGGGAGAUUGCCCGGAGGUGCAAUGCAGGAGGUAUCCAUGAGGAGUAUCAGCUUCCCUACUACGACCUCGUACCCUCUGAUCCUUCGAUUGAGGAGAUGCGGAAGGUGGUGUGUGACCAGAAAUUACGGCCAAACAUCCCAAACUGGUGGCAGAGCUACGAGGCUCUACGGGUGAUGGGCAAGAUGAUGCGGGAGUGCUGGUACGCCAACGGAGCGGCUCGGCUCACUGCCCUCCGCAUUAAGAAAACCCUCUCCCAGCUCAGUGUCCAGGAAGAUGUGAAAAUUUAGGCUCUGAGCCUCAGCAGGAGGAAACCGCACAGGAGCUGCUGUGCUAGAGUAGACAUGUGAUGGAGGCCUACCUCGUGUUUCAGCCCAACCUACUGCUACAACCGGACAGCGGGACCCGCAGGCUGCUAGGCAGGGGGACGGAGCCUACGGGACCGCUCUCUUCCCUGCUUGGGUAUGAAACAAUCCAAAACCUUUUGUGAUCACCUCCUGAGAGCAUGGAGACUUGAGAGGGACUUCACCCGAGGGAUCUCAGCCAUGAUCCUAACUCUUUGUUCCUUUAAAGGAAAUCCCUGUAAAGUUGAGCGUGCGUUCAGCACCCGUCGGCGGGGUCGGAGCCAGCCCCGGGUGCUCGGUGCCGGGAGCGGGAAGGGAAAGGGAAGGUUUUCUUGCCGUACUCUCGAGGAUUUUUCCAGGGACUGACGCGUUGGCGCGGAAAAAGCAAAACAAAUGGUGCUCUCUUCCAAGAGGCUGAGCCGGAACAGUUGUAUCAGCUUCACAAAACCGUUCUCCCUCCUUUUCUUAAGCUUGAAAAAGUUCUGAGCGCCCCGACGGCCGUCGGGGCGCCCCGGUGUCUGCAUGCGCGAGGUGCGCGUGUCCCCGUGCCUGGUCAUCUCCUCCGUAGCCGUGCGGUGUCUGCCUGUGGGUGGCUCAUCUCUGUCCGUGCUUCCUGUGCAUGUGCAAAUCUCGAGUGUCCCGUUUGUGAGCUGUUGCUGGUGCUCUCCGUGCUGAGUCGUGAGCGUCGUGGAGCUUGGACGGGCUGCUGCAGAGCGGAUCCCUGGCUCCCCGAUGGGCGCCGCGGCCGCGCCGACUCCGCCGCCGGCUGCCACAACGUCCCAUCAGGUUGCCUCACUGCCACCCCUUCCCUUUUUUUUUUAAGGUGAAACAAACAAGGAACUGAGAAUCGCUCCUGGAAUCCAGGUUUUUUUGUCUCGAGCCCCCGGGGUUUGUGUGAUUCUGGGUGGCGGGAGCUGAGUUGUGUCAGAGGUGGAGCGGGUGCUGUUCUCCUGGGAACACCAUUCCCAACUCCACCACCCAGGCAGAUUUCUGGGGGCCUGAUGAUGCAGCAGUGCAGGCUGGGGACAGAGUGGCUGCACAGUGGCCAGGCAGAAGGGGGCUGGGGGGUACUGGUUGGCAUCUGAACCCAGAUGGCCGAGAAGGCCGAUGGCUCCUGGCCUGGAUCAGGAAUGGUGUGGCCAGCAGGAGCAGGGAGCUCACUCUGCCCCUGUACUCGGCGCUGGUGAGGCUGCCCCUCAAGUGCUGUGUCCAAUUCUGGGCCCUCAGUUUGGGAAGGAUGCUGAGGGACUGGAGCGUGUCCAGAGGAGGCAACGAGGCUGGUGAAGGGCUUGGAACACAAACCCUGUGAGCUGAGGGAGCUGGGGGUGUUCAGCCUGGAGAAAAGGAGGCUCAGGGGACACCUCAUCGCUCUCUGCAGCUCCCUGAAAGGUGGCUGUAGUCAGGUGGGGUUGAGCUCUGCUCCCAGGCACCCACUGGCAGGACAAGAGAACACAGCCUUAAGCUGCCCCACGGGGAAGUUUAGGUUGGACAUCAGAAAAAAAUUCUUCACUGAAAGAGUGAUUGAGUGCUGGAAUCAUCUGCCCAGGGAGGCGCAGGAGUCCCUGAACGUGCUUGAAAAAAGACUGGGCAUGGCACUCAGGGCCACGGGUUAGUUGGUGAGGAGGUGUUGGGUUAGGUCACGGGUUGGACUCGAUGAUCUCAAAGGUCUUUUCCAGCCUGGCUCAUUCUGUGAUUGUGUGAUCUGGGUUCUGGGGGAUGCUCUGCGCCUCCCGGAGGCGCUGGGCAGGAUCCGACAGCGGGUGUGGGUCGGGAAAUCAACAUCCAUCUUUUUAAUAUAGGUGUAUAAAUAUCUCCUAAUGUGGAAGUGGCUGUGUCUCAGUGUGGGGUGGGGGGAUCUGCAUGGGUUUUCUUUUGAUUCAACGCCGAAUCCAGGUGAGGGAGAGGUGGGGUGACUACAGAGACUCUGGAAGGGGGGGCUGUGGCUGCCCUGAUGGCUUUGGCAGUCAGGACGAGCCAUGGUGUGGAGGUCAGGUCAGUGUCUGCAGUAGAGAACUCUGAAGCCAUAACUUUUAACUGGAGUGGUUUUGAUUAUUAUUUUUUUAAUUAUUGUUGUUAUUAUUAUUAUUAUUAUUAUUGUUGUUGUUUUCUGGGAGGGUCUGGAUUUUAACUUUUUUGAAUAUUGUUAAUUCUUUCUAAGAGCAGAAAAACAAUCUCUGAUUAUUACCUCUUGACCUGUUGGUUUGUAAAGAAAUCACUGCAAAAAAAAAAAAAACAAAAAAAAAAAAAAGGAAAAAAACCAAAUGCACAGCUCGAUUUACACUGGAACUGUUUCUACUCUGACCUUGCUCCUGCUCUCUAAGGUGAGGUUUCAUCUCUGCUCUGGCUGCCAGGGUUGUCUUUAUUUCAGUCCCUCUGUUCUUGCUGUCUGUGUCCCUGCCCGUGUGUCCCUCUCCCCCAGUUCCCUGUGUGCCCAUGGCCUUGUACGAAGCGAGGAGUUAUGGAAUCACGUUAGGAGCUGUUUUGCACCCCCUGAGGAGUUUUUGGUGGCGUGGAUCUGCCCUGGGAGCAGGGCUGGGGGUCCCCUGUCCCCUCCCAGCUUGUCCUGAGUCACAGCCAGAGGUUCCCAGCUGCACAUGUCCCUUAAACCUGCAUUUAGAAGCUGAGGGGGGCACUUGCAAGCCCUAAAUGUACAUUUAGCCCAGUUAAACCUGGACUUAGGAGCUCAGAGGGGCACUUGCAAACCCUAAAUGGAGGUUUACCCCAGUGAAACCUGGACUUGGAAGCUGAGGGGGUCACUUGCAGGCCCUAAAUGCAGGUUUACCCCAGUGAAACCUGGACUUAAAAGCUAUGGGGGCACUUGCAAGCCCUAAAUGCACAUUUACCCCAGUUAAACCUGGACUUGGAAGCUGAGGGAGGCACUUGCAAGCCCUAAAUGUCAGUUUAGCCCAGUUAAACCUGGACUUGGAAGCCAAGGGGGUCACUUGCAAGCCCUAAAUGCACAUUUAGCUCAGUUAAACCUGGACUUAGAAGCUCAGAGGAGCACUUGCAAGGCCUAAAUGCACAUUUACCCCAGUGAAACCUGGACUUGGAAGCUGAGGGGGGCACUUGCAGGCCCUAAAUGCAGGUUUACCCCAGUGAAACCUGGACUUGGAAGCCGAGGGGGUCACUUUGCAAGCCCCAAGGACUCCCAGGCCGUUGGAACAGGCCCCGGCUGGGAGCUGGGGCAGGACAGGAGGGGCCACGGCACAGCUCCAGGUCCUGCAGGCUCCCCCCUGGCUCUCCCACCCUGAUCCCCACGGCUCCGAGCUCGCACUGAACUCGCCCCCUCCAACUGUAGCCACACUGCACCUGCCUCAGCGCCAAAGCAAACGGGGCUCGGGAUGAGAUGAGGGCAACGUCCCUGCCAGCAGGAUUUUUUUUGGUUUUCAGGAGAGAUGGGGAAAAGCCAGCAGGAGCUCACGCUGACCAUGUAGCAUUUACACAGCACUUUUCAUGCAAACCGGUGCCCUGGGGGGGCGCCGAGCCGAGGAGCACGUGUGGGAAUCGCUGCCCGGCUCCAAAAGCUGCAGCAGCUCUGGGAAAAAAAUCAGCAUUCCAGGCAGGUCCGAGGGGAGCCCGGUGCAGGACAAGGAUGGGGGGAGUCCACCAGCGGUACGUGGCUGCAGGACAGAACUCUUGGUACUUCUCUGCCCCUUUUGAUUUGUUUGGUUUUGUACAUUUUCUUAGCAAAGGACUGUAAGAAAAAAAAAAAAUAGCCACUUAGCCACUUUACCUCUUCAGUAUGCAAAUGUACAUACGGUGUAAGAUAGGAAAUCUUUUGUUUAAUAUAAAACCAGGCUGUCGAUUUCUGCUGUACAUUAUUAAAAGUUUGUUUUAUUCA